CUGCGCAUGCGUAUAAUGAUAGGCUGCAAACACUUGAGGGAGAAAAACAACACCACCACAAUCAGUGAUCGACGCGAGGCUGCAUCUCAAUGUCCUCGUUAGACUGAUUAAAGUGUUGGCGACACCUUCAUUCUUCAAAAAAACCUAAUCGUAUUUAUUGCAGUUUCGAAUUUUGACUUGACUUGUAGAUGGUGUGCUCAUGAACCUGGCCAGUCAGAGCGGAGAGGCCGGCUGCAGCCAGCUGCUCUUCGCCAACUUCAACCAGGACAACACGUCCUUAGCAGUUGGUACGAAAUCCGGAUACAAGUUCUUCUCUUUGUCCUCAGUUGACAAAUUGGAACAGAUUUAUGAAUGUACUGACACGGAAGAUGUCUGUAUUGUGGAAAGACUGUUCUCCAGUAGCCUUGUGGCUAUUGUGAGCCUCAAGGCACCCAGAAAGCUCAAAGUGUGUCAUUUUAAGAAGGGAACCGAGAUAUGUAACUACAGCUACUCAAACACUAUCCUGGCUGUGAAACUAAACAGACAGAGGUUGAUAGUAUGUCUGGAAGAAUCGCUGUAUAUCCACAACAUCAGGGAUAUGAAAGUGCUGCAUACGAUUCGAGAGACUCCUCCAAAUCCAUCAGGAUUAUGCUCACUUUCAAUCAGUAAUGAUAACUGCUACCUGGGGUAUCCUGGAAGUGCAACAAUAGGGGAAGUGCAGGUUUUUGACACCGUUAAUCUGAGGGCCGCUAACAUGAUCCCUGCUCAUGACAGCCCGUUAGCAGCACUGGCUUUCGACGCCAGUGGAACAAAACUUGCCACGGCUUCUGAGAAGGGAACGGUCAUUCGGGUGUUCUCCAUUCCAGAGGGCCAGAAGCUCUUUGAGUUCAGGAGAGGGGUGAAGAGAUGUGUGAGUAUCUGCUCCCUGGCCUUCAGUAUGGAAGGACUUUAUCUGUCUGCCUCAAGCAACACAGAGACAGUUCAUAUCUUUAAGCUGGAGACACAGAGAGAAAAGCCUCAGGAGGAACCCACUACUUGGACAGGUUACUUUGGGAAAGUACUGAUGGCCUCCACUACGUAUCUGCCUGCGCAGGUGUCCGAGAUGUUCACACAAGGCCGGGCCUUCGCUACAGUCAGACUGCCAUUUUCAGGACACAAGAACAUCUGUGCUCUAGCUAUAAUCCAGAAGAUUCCCCGACUUUUGGUGGCGGCGGCAGACGGCUACCUUUACCUGUACAACCUGGACCCACAGGAAGGCGGAGAAUGCACACUGAUGAAGCAGCACAAGCUAGACGGAAGUGCAGAACCUGCAAAUGAAAUCCUAGAGCAGACGUCCCAUGAGCGCCCACUAGUGGCACAAACAUACAGCACUGCCAUUGCCAAAGGUUACCCCGAGGAUCAGGGCGCGGUAGGCGGCGCUGGUGUGGAGGACGAUGUGAACGCCUUGCACCUGGACGAGGAAAACGAGCAGCCUCCACUAAUCCUAGAGACCGACUGAGCGCUUCAACCCCCUGCAUCCUUCACACCACAGGGCAGGAAACAAAACACAGAGUUGUAUUUUGAGAGGGAGGGGGGGAGGGAGCGCUUUUUCUUCCUCCUCUGGCGCUGCUAUGAGAGGGGUUAAGAAGAGAGGGCAUUUUGUAAGCAAGCCUAGCUGUAGCCUUCUUGUCUGUUAUGUGUAGAUGUUUCACUGUCCGUUCCCCAUUCGUGGCUUUUUAAAAACUGAAUUUUGGCGCCCAGACUCCCUUUUUCCUAUAAUACUAAAGCAAGAAGUGUCCGAGUUACAGCCAUCAAGUCUAGAAGCUUCGCAUGUACAUGUGCCAAGUGCAAGUAAAAAACAUUUGCUCUUAUUUUCAUGAUUCCGAUGUGUUUAGUGGACAUUUUCUCCUUGACAUACGCUUUCAAAUGAGCACGUGUGCGAGCGCGCCUGUGUUCGUUUCUUUUCUUUUAAAGCAGAAGAUAGUUACCUUGAUAUGCCUGCCCCCCCAUCCUGUGCAAUGUUUAAUUUCAUUGUCAGAACUGUGGGGUGUCUCAUCUGUGGCUGUUCUUGUGCCGAAAUGUGAAUAUAGUAACGUUUAUGAUGCCUUCAUGUUACUUUGCCAGCUGAAACGAUUAAGAUGACACUGACAGUUGAAACAGUAUUCGUCACAAGCUGCGUUUUUCUGAUUGUCAGGAAUGUUUUUUUUCUUCUUCUCUGAAAUUUAGAUUUUUUUUUUUUUUUUUUAAUAGACCAAUAUCCCCACUACUUUAUGGACCAUUUGGUUAUCCAGUUGGGCAGAUGGAGGUUACAGGUCAAGCGUCUCUCCUUCCCUUUCUCCCUCCCUGACCAAUGCAUCUUCCAUUUCCCUGAUCUAAUCGCAGAAUAUCGUGCGCCACUAAGACUUUAUAAAGCAUCAAACAUAUCUUUUGGAGUGGAAAUGUGGUGUUACUAUGGGUAGAUGUUGGUGUGCAAACACUGCCCUGUAAUAUUAUUUAAUAAACUGCCAGCAAUUGUCUGGUUUUCAGUUUA